UUUUUUUUUAUUUUUCCCAUUUACCCAUUAUAGGGUAUAGCAUAAAUAUGAGUAUUAGAAGUACUACAAUGUGAACAAAAAAAGAAAAGAAAAAAAGAAGAAAGAGAGAGAAAGAGAAAGAGAGAGAGAGAUCUGUUAUCAAAGUUUGAGUGAAUGCAGAUUGCACAAAUGGCAUGAUUUUCAGUCUUUCUGUGAUUGUGUGUGUUAGAUCGCCGAGACUAUAUACCCAAGUUUUAGAUUCCUAAAAAUAGAAAGAGAAGGAUUUUUUUGAAAACCACACACAUUAUCUAUAUCUAUAUAUAUAUAUAUAUAUAUGCAUGAUGAAGAUGAUGAUGAUGAUGAUGGAGCAUCAAAAGCAGCCACUACUUGUACAAGUCCGUGAGCGUAGUCAUCACCGUGAACAGCAGCAGGUCCAGGGGAAUCGGGUCGACCCGUUUGUUUCGGAUCCAAUCGGGUUGACCCGAGACCUACCCACUACUGUUACUCAUAGGAAGAAGAGGUUACCCAGGCAGAGACGCAUCAACCUUCAUUUCCUCUUUCCUAAUCCUGGCACCUAUUCCUCCUCCUCCUCUUCCCACGUGCCACCAUCCUCUCUUCCUUCCGCACGUGGGAUUGAUCUAGGGAGAUUGAGAUUCCUGUUCCAGAAAGAGCUCAGAAACAGUGAUGUUAGCUCUCUCAGAAGAAUGAUACUCCCUAAGAAAGCAGCUGAGGCUCACCUUCCAGUCCUUGAAUCCAAAGAGGGAAUAGUCAUUAAUAUGGAUGACUUGGAUGGUCUGCAUGUAUGGAGCUUCAAAUACAGGUUUUGGCCUAACAACAACAGCAGAAUGUAUGUACUCGAAAAUACUGGGGAUUUCACUAACACACAUGGAUUAAGACUUGGAGACUUUAUCAUGGUUUAUCAAGAUAACGAAAACCAGAAUUAUGUGAUUCAGGCUCUUAAAAAGACUAGUACUGAAUCUACUGAUCAAGAAGAACAACAAGAACAAGAACUACAAGAUGAUCAUGAUAAUAACAAAGAACAAAUACUACUUCAUCAAAAUCAUCAUCAUCAUGAUCUUGUUAUAUAUACAAAUAAUGAUCACAUAAACACAACAACAACAAGUGUGAAAAUGGAGGCACCAUGUUCUCCAUUUGAAGAAGAUUAUUACUUGAAGAGUAGUAACAACAUAAGAUCUAAUCAUGAUGAUGAAACAAACAUGUCUUUCAUCUAUGACACUACCAAUUUCUCAAAUGAGUCUCUGCUUGACUUUUUGGGUGGUUCUUCUAUGACCCAUAACAACAACUACUACUCCAAAUCAGGACCUUUUGGGAGUUUUGGCUCAGUGGACAACUUUUCUCUUGAUGACUAUUACUGAUCAUUAGUACUACGUACUAUACUACCUCUCCUACCUUUUUAGUCUCUUUUCUACUUAAUUUUUUGAGAAAUGUGAUCAGUUUGACUUGUUCUGUUUUUUGUUUUUCUCUUCUUUUGGAUGCCCUCUACCUUUGUUGAUGAUCUGUAAGAUGUAUUUUGGUUCAUGUGUCAAAACACUAGACACAUGUAUAUAUAUGAUGAUGUAAUAAAGAGUGGUAACUUAAGUUAACAACACUACUACCUUUCUUUUUUAAGGGGAAAUUGUCUUAUUAUGUAAUAAUAUAUUAAAUGUAUAUAUUUUAUUCACUA